UUCCACUCUCGAAACUCAAGAUGAGCACCGCCAGCCCAAAGCUGAGAGCUGUCAUUCUGAUUGUGUCCGAGACAGUCUCAAACGAUCCCUCUGCAGACAAAUGCAUUCCCAUACUCAAGGAAACCUUCAAAGCCCUCGGAAAUGACCAAUGGGACGUCAGCGAGACCGAGGUUGUACCCGAUAGCGUUCUUGCAAUUCAGAAGACGAUUAGAAGAUGGACAGAUGGCGCCGAGCCUGUGAAUCUGAUCGUUACCAGUGGAGGUACAGGCUUUGCGACUAAAGAUGUUACCCCAGAAGCAAUCACGCCGUUAAUCGACAGACAUGCUCCUGGACUUGUUCACGGCAUGCUCACGACUUCAUAUGCUGUUACGCCAUUUGCUCUGAUGGCGAGACCCGUGGCCGGUACUCGCAAACAGACCAUCAUCUUGACCUUGCCUGGAUCUCCAAAGGGCGCAAAAGAGAAUUUGGAAGCUGUGCUCAAACUGCUUCCGCAUGCAUGUCAACAAGCGGCUGGCGCCGAGUCAAGACCAUUGCAUGUGGGAGGUGUGAAAAAGCUUGAGAAGGAGGCUGGUGUUUCGUCUGGAAUCGCUACAGCUAGCUCGGGAUGUGGACAUCACCACCAUGGACACGGCCAUUCUCAUGGUCAUGGCGGCCAUGCAGCACCAAAGGCACAUACCAAACCAGAAGAACGACCCCAGUCAAACGACCCAUCCGAAGGACCAACCCGCAGAUACCGAUCCUCGCCCUAUCCCAUGCUGGCAGUCGAUGACGCUCUAAACCUCAUCGCAGAGCACACGCCAGCUCCUAUCGUCGAGAAAGCCCCUGUGGAUCUGAAGCUUGGAGGAUCUGUCCUUGCCGAAGACGUCAAAGCCACUGAAUCUGUUCCUGCAUUCCGAGCGAGCAUCGUAGACGGAUAUGCCGUCAAGAUUCCAACAUCCGGGAAGUUCGAAAAGGGCGUAUAUCCUGUUACGAUUGUGUCGCAUGCUCAGCCUGGUGAAGUAAAGGAGCUAAAGGAGGGAGAGAUUGCGAGAAUCACUACUGGUGCACCGCUUCCUCCUGGCGCCGACGCUGUAGUCAUGGUCGAAGAUACCGCGUUAAAGAGUCAGACAGAGGAUGGGCAAGAGGAGAAAGAGGUGGAGAUCCUCACGGACGAGGUUCAGGCCGGCGAGAAUGUGCGUGAAGUAGGCAGUGAUGUCAAAGAAGGCGAUACCAUCAUGAAGAAAGGCGAAGGCAUCUCUGUUGUAGGCGGGGAGUUUGGUCUUCUUGCCUCUGUAGGAUCAAAGGAAGUGUCCGUCUACAGAAAACCCGUAGUCGGCAUCCUCAGCACAGGAGACGAGAUCAUCCCCCAUGACAGAGAAGCCUCCUUGCGACUUGGUGAAGUCAGAGACACCAACCGUCCCACGCUCAUCACUGCCGUCAAAAGCCACGGUUUCGAAGUCAUCGAUCUCGGUAUCGCUUCAGACAAACCCGGUACCCUCGAACAAACUCUCCGCACCGCCCUCCGCACCUGCGACCUGAUCAUAACCUCCGGCGGCGUAUCAAUGGGCGAGCUCGACCUGCUAAAGCCGACCAUCGAGCGCUCCCUCGGCGGCACAAUCCACUUCGGCCGCGUGAACAUGAAGCCCGGCAAGCCCACGACCUUUGCCACGAUCCCAUUCAAGUCUAACACGGGAGACCGCGUCGACAAGGCGAUUUUCUCCCUACCCGGCAAUCCUGCGUCGGCGGUUGUGUGCUUUCAUCUCUUCGUCUUACCUGCGCUGCACAAACAGGCUGGUGUUGCGCCUGUGGGCUGUCCGAGAGUGAAGGUCGUCUUGGAUGCAGAUGUGGGCAUGGAUAAGGGGCGGCCGGAGUACCACCGUGCGGUUGUUGUGGCGAGGGAGGGCAUGUUGUAUGCUGUUUCAACCGGGGCACAGAGGAGCUCGCGGAUUGGGAGUUUCAAGGGGGCAAAUGCGUUGUUGUGUAUGCCGAUGGGGCAGGGGCAGUUGAAGAAGGGGGAGAGUGUCGAGGCGCUGCUUAUGGGGCAGAUUGGAACGUAGGUAGAUAGAUGAGUUGUUGUUGUUGUUCUGGGUAUUUUGCACUAGCUACUACUACUGCUAUGAAGUGAUCACUACUCACC